AGCCGAGAGGAACUCCAGGAGGCUCGGCAGUGCCAGACCCGGCGGACAGCAUGACGACCCGCCAGACCUUCAGCAUCGUCGACUACUGUGUGUUCGGAGGUGUUCUCCUUUUAUCACUGCUCAUCGGCGUCUACCAUGCCAUCCGCGGCAAACAUACGAACGAAGAGCUGCUGCUCGGUGGCAGGAAGAUGUCCAUCGUGCCGGUGGCCGUCUCCAUCAUGGUCAGCUUUCUGUCAGCCAUCCUCAUUCUGGGCUCGCCGGCGGAGAUGUACGUGAACGGCGUGCAGUACUGGAUCAGCGUGCUGGCCUACGCCGCCCUCCUGCCGGCCGUGGCCAUCCUCUUCGUGCCUAUUUUCUACCGCUGCGGCAUCACCACCGUCUACGAGUACCUUGAGUUCAGGUUUGAAAAUAAUCUCCUGCGAGCCCUGUGCGUGCUGAUCUACCUCGUCCGGACGUCCCUCUACAUGGCCAUCGCACUCUACGCUCCCAGCCUCGCUCUCAGCUUCACCACCACUCUGUCCCUGGAGGCCAGCAUCAUCGGCACGGCAGUCGUCGGCACCCUCUACACCACGUUCGGAGGUCUGAAAGCCGUGGUCUGGGCUGACGUUCUGCAAGCUAUCGUCAUGGCCGCUGGAAUGGUGGCCAUCGUCGUCCAGGGCGCCAUCAACGUGGGAGGCUUCACCAAUAUCUUUUACAUCAACGCAGAACACCAGAGAAUGACAUUCUUUGACUUUACCCUCAACCCUUGGCAAAGGCACAACUUCUGGAACCUGUUCUUCGGCACUCUGUUUCUUUGGACGACCGUGUUCGGCGUAAAUCAGAGCUCCAUCCAGCGCUACCUGAGUCUGCCUACCCUCAGGGCCGCCAAAGUGGCGUGCCUUCUAAAUGCACCGGCCACUAUUUUGUACAAGACGCUGGGGUGCAUGACCGGCCUGGCCAUCUUCGCCACGUACGCCGAUUGCGACCCGCUCAAAAUGGGCCUCAUUGAGAAGAAGGAUCAGCUGGUGCCCUACUUCGUGCUGGACCAGAUGUCCUACAUCACGGGCCUGCCGGGCCUCUUUGUGGCCUGUAUCAUGUCUGGAGCGCUCAGCACCAUUUCCUCCGGCCUCAACUCGCUAGCAGCCAUCACCUGGCAAGACUUCCUCGUCAAAAUCAGCUUCUUCAAAGACAUGUCGGAAGUCAGGCGGUCGUGGACAACACGCCUCCUCAGUUUCCUUUACGGCUGUCUGGCUGUUGGCCUGGCCUUCAUGGUCAGCCAACUAGGAGGAGUGCUCCAGGCGUCACUGGCCAUUAAUGGAGCCCUCAGCGGUCCAGUUCUGGGCGUCUUCUGUCUGGGCAUAUUCGUGCCGUUUUCCAAUGGCAAGGGCGCGGUGGUCGGUAUGCUGACCGCUGGCGCCAUCAGCACGUGGGCGGUGUUCGGUGCCUACGGCUCGGGAAAGCGACCCGAGCCGCUGCCCACCUCCAUCGCCGGCUGCACCGGCAACAUGACGUCGCUUGUCUCGUCCACCACGCCGCUACCAAUCGACACCAGUCCAGUGCCAGCAGUGGAGGAGGAUGAAAGCUUUCUCCACCAAUACGUUUACGGCAUCUCGUACCAGUUGUACAACAUGAUCGGCUGCCUCAUGUGCGUCAUCAUCGGAUCCAUCGUAAGCCUGCUAACAGGAUGCAAUCGACGGGAGGUGAGCGAAUCGCUGGUGAACCCCCUCGCUUACAAGCUCUUCAACUGGAUCAACCGCUUCACACGUGACGAUUCCUCCGACCCGCGAUAUGCCGCCGACAACCCCAUCUUCACCAUGCCCACGUACAAGCAAACUGAGGCGAACUGACAUCAUUUCGACGUUGAAUCGCAUGUGAUGUUGCUCACCAACUGAACAAAAGCACGCUGGCCACCCGUGACAAUCUGGCAGAUGACUAGCCUGACAGAUGGCAGCACCAUCUCCCACGUGAGCGCCAGCAUCGAGCAGGUUUACGCGAAUCGCGGGCCACGUGCAUCCAGCGUGUGCGCUCCUCGCGAUCUACGGAUCCACAACGACGCGCAAGCUCCGCCGGAGCCAAACCGCCGCGUGUCACGUGUGGGCACCUGCGGACGAUGUGCUCUGCCAUGCAGUAUAUGCCUUAUGCAUAGGUCUUGACCAGUAUAAGACCAGUAGAAGACCAGUAUAAGCCAUGCCUUAUGCCACCUGCCAUAAGGCUGGCUUGACAGGAAGGAUGGUGCCUUCGGGAGUGGCGGCUGGUACUCGUGGUGGUCGGCUGUGUGUGUGUGUGAUUGCUUGGAAUUCAACGAUGCUCGCGAAAAAAAACUGGCGUCCGUGGUUGAAACGGGAGGGCGUUCGAGCAUGGUUACGAGCAUUGACGAAGCGACUGGCGAUUGAGUGAUUCUGAAACGAAAAAAGAUGUGUUUCAUCAAAGAGUACAGAUACAAACGUCUGUGAUCAAGUGUUAAGAACCACCGCAGCUUUCUUCACCAACACAUCUAGAAAUAUGCGGAGGGAAAGUAGCAAUCUGUGGCUGCCAACGUGGAGUGUGAUAUAGCAGGGCUCCGUGAAUUCUCGAUUUGGACAACUUGGAAUGAUAAACACUUAUUAUAACCACUUGCAAUCAUUCUUGCCAAAAUAACUGAACACCGAUGUUAUACUAUUGUCCUGUCUUUCCUUGAGUACAUAUUGAACCAUCUCGCUGCUAAAAUCAUUCAAGAGCUUUACUGACCACUGUUCAACCAACCCCUGAAAAGGGAUCAGGUCCAGAGCUGAUUCCCCGUGCGACAUGUAAGUUGAA